ACACUACAAGUUUGUGAUUUUCUGGUACGUUAAAUCUGAUUUUCCAGAUUAUGUUCCGUUCACUUUGCCGAGUACAAAUUUUGGGGAUUUGACGUCAAGUUUGCGACUCUAACCUCGCGCUAUUAGAAUUAGACUUCGGUUACCUCUAUUUAUCGGCAAAAUUUACGGUUUAGUUGGCACACUUUGCAACUCUGGUACAAGAGCCAAAAUUUUGGCUGCUAUACAUCAUUUCCCAGAGACCUCUGUAAUAUACGAUAAAUGGCUGCUUGGUUCAACAACGUUAUAGCCGGGUUGGCCCCUGGCGCUGGCCAAGCAAAUAGAGGAUGCGGUAACAAGAAUUCGGGAGGAUGUCACAUUUAUGCGAUUGUAGUUAUGCGCCACUUUGCUGAUAAGGAGGCUUGCAGAUUAUCUGCGGAAUACGACUUUUCCCCGCUCCCUGGAUACCUUGCUAAUAUAUCCAGAGAGGUCACAGAUCUUGUAUCAAGAACUUGCGCUCAAGAGGCUACACCUGACCAAUCAAAGGGUGUAGAUAUGGAAAAUAACAUGGGUACCUUUUACGUAAAGGCAACUAAUCAUAAACCUCCACACCAAUUGGUUUUCAUUGUUGGUGUAAACAAAGCCUGUACAAAGUACCAGGCCUUGCAAUUUUUGCAUGAAGCUAUUCAGUUGUACAAGCCUGAGGGACAGGUGUUUAGAGAUAAUGUUGGAGAGGCAUUAAAGCACCCCGGGCUCAGGGAGUUGAUGAUGAAAUACAAGGGGAAACGGGAUGUUUUGCUUGAUGCACAGCACAAGCUUGACGAGACACGAAUGAUCGUAAUGGAUACUCUGGACGGUCUCAUGAACCGUCAGGAGAACCUGGAUGAACUCAUCGCAAAGAGUCAGGAUAUGACACAGAGCACUGCUAGACUCAUGAGGGAUGCCAAACGUAGGAAUAGCUGUUGCAAUAUGAUGUAGUAACGCACUUGUAAUUUAUACACUGUAACACUUGCUUUUAUA